AUGAAGCUGUCUACCGUUCUCGCCGGCACUUUCGCCGCCCUUGUCGCCGCCGCCCCGGCCCCGGCCCCCGUCGCCGAAGCCGAAGUCCAAGCAGACACUUCGGUUGCUCUCCCCGUCGUUGAGCGCGGUGCAUUUGACGCCAAGCGCGUCAACAACCUCAACUUCAAGCAGCAGGAUCUGAGCUAUCUCUUCUCGCUGAACCGGCAGUCCCUCAACUUUGAUCUUCUUCAGCGCCUGGCUCUUCAGAACAACUUCAACGUCUUUGCCUUCCAGGACCUCUUCAACGUCGGCACCUUCAACAUCAAUGCCCUGCUCCAGUUCCAGCAGCUGCAGACUGUUCUGGCCAUCGCACAGACUGGCGUCUUCAACCAGUUUGACCUUGCAGGACUCAACCUGGGCGCCCUCAACCUGGGCCUGAUCAACGGCAUCGGUGCCUUUGACAUUGGCAGCAUCAUUGAUGUUGCUCUGGUCCCUCAGAUCCAAUCUGUCGUUGCGAGCACUGGUGAGUCCCGUUUCCCUUGUCUACUGGCCCAUCAGAACAUUCCAAGCUAA